AUGGCAACGCAGGUGUUACCUGAAGUCGGCACGCGCUUGAACCAUUUGGGAUUUCUAGGGACUGUCAGAUUCGUGGGAGCAGUAGGGAAGACCUCAGGCGUCUGGUUAGGUGUCGAAUGGGACGACCCACAACGGGGGAAACACGAUGGCGUGAAGGACGGGUCGCGUUACUUUACUUGCAUAGUACCAAAUUCCGGCUCUUUCAUCAGACCAUCUGCGGCCAUCUCAUAUGGAACAUCGUUCUUGACAGCCUUGGUAUCAAAGUACGUGGAGCUGCCGCGAAAUUCCGAUGUUCUGGAGACUGUUGUAUUGGGAUCUUCCCAUGGCGCGAUAGAAGUAGAGGCCGUCGGUCUGGAUAAGAUUAGAGGAAAUCUUGCCAAUCUCGAACGGUUGCGGGAGGUGAGCUUGGAUGAUGAAGGAGUUUCAUCUGCCGAUCCACCUUGGGCGAUUAGACGGACAUGCCCAGGAAUACGUGGACUUGACAUGUCCAAGAACUUGAUUCCCACUUGGGACAUUGUCGCGUCGAUAGUCACCGAGCUGCCCCUUCUUCAGAGGCUGGCACUCAACCAGAACCGACUGCGACCACCGCAGGACAUCCACCUUGCGGCAGCCGCCUUUAGAGCCCUGCGCGAGCUGCAGCUGAGCUCGACUAUGACUACCUGGGAAGAAAUGCAAGAAGUGAUCAGCUACAUGCCUGCGCUCCGGCUGAUCGAGAUGGGGUACAACAACUUACAGGCGAUACACACCGAUCCGUCUGCAACGUCGGGUAUCAACGCCACUUUGGAAGUUAUCAAUUUAGAUAGCAACGCUAUACGCAGCUGGUCCAAUACAUGUCAGGCUGUAGGACCGUACUCAGGGCUGCAGCGCGUCGUAUUAGGGUCGAAUUGUAUUGAAACCAUUCCUCCUCUGGACACGCCAAAAUCUCCUGUUGCCCAUUUGAACCAUAUAUCGUUCUCCUUCAACCUUCUGAAUUCUUGGCGAGACAUUGACACUUUAACACUGUGGUGUCCCCAGCUAGAGUCUUUGACACUUACGGGCAACCCCCUGGUAGAAGAUCCGGUAACAGGCAAGAAUGCGAGACAAUUCGCUAUUGCGAAGAUACCUUCCUUACUGGUACUGGAUGCAGCUGUGAUAACCGCGAAGGAACGAACAGACAGUGAAUUGUUCUACAUGUCACACAUAGCAAAAUUUGGACCAACAGACGAGAACGAGAGAGAACGAGAACAUCCAAGAUGGAGAGCACUCUGUCUUAAACACGGCAAACCGGAUAAUGCGCCAGUCUCGGUUCAACAACGACAAGAUACCCUCAGCAACCGUCUGAUCGAAAUUAAUGUCCGCCAAAUCACUGAACUGCCGACGAACGAGAAGUCAAUGCCGAGGUCUCCAGAUAGUGCCGAUGCGACGCGUCUGCGUGUCCUGCCAAACAUGUCUGUGCGGACGUUCCGCAUGAAGGUCAUCAAAUCAUUGAAGAUCGCGAGAGCGCAGCACUCCUCCGUGCGGCUUUGGCUGAGCUUGAUGAACGGAGAUGUAGUGGAAAUGGAUAACGACACCAGUGAUCUGGCGUGGUGGGGACUGGAAGACGGAUCCACUAUCGUCAUGUACGUUGAAUGA